AUGUUUGCCAUGAUUAUUCACAUGCCAAUGGCUAAGAUGGUUUUGGUCUAUUCUCUUGUUGUUCUUGGCCUAGCAUUAACAUGCAAUGCAGCAACUUACAUGGUGGGUGAUAGUUCCGGCUGGGACGUAAGUACUGACCUUGAUACAUGGGCACAGGACAAGAAAUUUGUCGUAGGGGAUCUUCUAAUAUUUCAAUACUCAUCAUCCCAAAGCGUUGAUGAGGUGAAGAAAGAAGAUUUCGACAGCUGCAACACGACUAAUGUUAUAAGAACAUUUACAAAUGGGAAUACAACUGUGCCAUUGACAGAACCUGGGACAAGGUACUUUGUUUGUGGUAACAAGUUAUACUGUCUGGGAGGAAUGAAGCUUCAGGUAAACGUAGAAGGCAAUAAAGCAAAUUCACCUAUCGGUUCACCACGAGCACAGCCAGGGGGUACUCUCUCACAACCUUCUUCUAAAAGCAACAAUCCUGCUUCUGUUAUUCCAACCUCAGCAGGGUUUGCCUAUGGUGGAAGGGAUUCUAUUGUGAUGGCUUUUAUUGGUUCUGUGGCUACCAUGUUAUGGGUGGUGCAAGUUUGA